CCAAUCGGUUUCGAACCUGAUUUGUUAUCCGCCUCCCCCUUCUUACCUCUCCCCUCCCCUCCGCGCUUGUACGAUCAGAGCGAUCUAAGAUGGCGACGGUGGAACCGGAAACCACUUCUAACCCUCAGACUUCAGAAGAAGAGAAAACCGAGACACCAGCAAGUCAGGAGGUAGUCAGUCCUGAACCAUACGUUAAGCAUCCAUUACAAAACAGGUGGGCGCUCUGGUUCUUUAAAAAUGACAAAAGUAAAACCUGGCAAGCAAAUCUUCGUCUGAUCUCAAAGUUUGAUACUGUUGAAGAUUUUUGGGCGUUAUAUAACCAUAUCCAGCUCUCUAGUAACUUAAUGCCCGGUUGUGACUACUCACUGUUUAAGGAUGGUAUUGAGCCCAUGUGGGAAGAUGAGAAGAAUAAACGAGGAGGACGGUGGCUAAUUACACUAAACAAACAGCAGCGACGAAGUGACCUUGAUCGCUUCUGGCUAGAGACACUGUUGUGCCUUAUUGGAGAGUCCUUUGAUGACUACAGCGAUGAUGUAUGUGGAGCAGUUGUUAAUGUUAGAGCCAAGGGUGAUAAAAUAGCAAUAUGGACUACUGAAUGUGAAAACAGGGACGCUGUUACACAUAUAGGGAGAGUGUACAAAGAAAGGUUAGGACUUCCUCCAAAGAUAGUGAUUGGUUAUCAGUCCCAUGCUGACACAGCUACUAAGAGCGGCUCCACCACUAAAAAUAGGUUUGUUGUUUAAGAAGACACCUUCAGAGUAUUUCAUAGGAGACUGCGUCAAGCAAUCGAGAUUUGGGAGCUGAACCAAAGCCUCUAUAUAAAAGCAGAGUGGACUGCAUUUAAAUCUGAUUUCCAUCUAAAUGUUGCUAAAUUUGUGAAAGUCUCAUUUGCUUUUGUCUUGUACUUCUGUGUUUGUUUUUCUCCCCCAUUUUUGGCUGAAGUAACCUUUAUCCAAUCAAAGAAUUUCAGUACAUUUGCCCACUGAAACCAUAAAGGUCUCCCUAGCCCACUCUGUGAUGCUUCUUAGGAAAGUAAAUAUUAUAUUAAAUAUAUCCCAAAAACAGUGCCAUUUCUACAGGGGAAGAAACUACUACUUUUUCACCUUUGCAUUGUAUGCAACAUGUUUUGCUGGUUUGAAAGAAUAGUAUGAUGCAUACAUUUUUCUAGCAAAUAUUUCUUUAUACAGCAUUGUCUUUGCUGUAAUGAAUGCUGAUGGCUGCUAGAUUUAAUUUAUUGUUUCCCUCUCUGAUAACAUUAGUGAUAUUCUAAUUUCAGUUCUUGCUCAUGUAACAUUGGUGAAGGAUCUAUCUGGGAAUAUGACAAAAGGUUUAAUAAACAUUAAUUUUGUGCAUUCUUUGGUAAUUAUUUUGUAACAUCAAAGCUUUGCUACGAGUUUCAUGCAUUUCAAGUCAAAUCAGUGAUAUGUUUGUGUGAUUUCCUGAACAUAAUUGUGGAUUUUUAAAAAUGUAACACCAUAAUUACAUUCCUUACUAGAAAUAGUAUUCCUGUUUUUUGUAUCUUAUGCUGUAUUUUAACACUUUGUAUUCCUUAGGUUAUAUUUUGCUUUGGUUUAAGAACAGCUCGAAUAGAAACGCAGUCCCAUUCAUAUUAAGACAGUGUACAAAACUGUAAAUAAAAUGUGUACAGUGAAUUGUCUUUUAGACAAGUAGAUUCGUCCUUUUAUUUCAUUAUAUUGACUUGUUUUGUACUACUACUGAUAAGGCGGUCUCUAUUGCGGCCUCUGUAGUAGGCGAGGUUCAGCCUUAAGGUAGCAUUUAAUUCGAGUUGUGCUAGAUUUUAAUAGAUAGUGUUAUCUUCAGACAGAACUGCAUUGCGGUGACUAUUAUCUUAAAUGGAUAUGUUUGUUUAACUGUUCAGUGAAUUACAUUGCUGUUUGGGCAGCAUGCUCAGAAAUGGAAUAAUCCAAUGGAACAUUAUAGCUGAAAGCUGGCCUGCCACUGCAACAACAGGAAACCGAAAAUCUGGAACUAAUAAACUGGGUGUCAGAAAAUGAGCAAACUGUAUUUACUUUGCAGAACUUCUGGCUCUGGAAGUGGUGGCUUGGAGAGUAGAAGUUUGGUACCAGUUAUCACACUAAGUUAUGUUAACUUUCUCAGUACUGUACCAAAAUACAGGCCAUGGUAACUAGAUGGUACAGCCAUUAUUGCACCAAGUAGAAGUUCUGAGGAAGUGUGUUUAGCUGACAAAAAUCUGAACAUUUUGAUUUGAUAGCUGUCUCUAAAACAGUUCUUCUGUUAUGUAGAACUUCAGUUAUACUAAAGUUGACAUUUGCCGCGCUUACGGUAAAUGUCAUGGUGGGAGACCUUUCCCCAGGUGUGCUGGCUUUGCCUUUUGGUUCUUGCAGGCUAUCCAGCAUGAACCCAAGUAGCCUUUUGUAUAAAAACUGAUACUGUAUUAUUGCAGUUAAUACUACCCCCUCCCCUGCAAUAAAUGGAAUCACUCUUGUAUUAAA